CCUAUUUGAAUACAAGUCUUAUUUUGUGUCCCAUUAAAUCUGUAAUAUCAGUUUGCUAUUAAACCUUAUUUUAUGAUUUAUUUGGAUACUGUUGUGCAGUGCUGACCGUAUAUAUUUCCAUGCUCCCCACAGAAGGUUAGACAUAAACAGUAGCCAUGGCGGAAAUUAAUAUUAUUCAUUUAUCACCUGGGGAUAACGAGACAAUGUAUGUGUUAACCCAGUCGGAAUCGAACUCUACAAAUAAUAAUCAUACGACAAGAGAUAGUGACAUGGCUAAAAUAGAAAUUGCUGUUCAAUCAGUUGUACUAUUCUUGGCUAUUUUUGGCAACCUGUGUGUCCUCUUCGCGCUUGCUAGGGGCAAAAAGGUGCGAUCGCGGAUGCACAUGUUCAUCAUGCAUCUGAGUAUAGCCGAUUUACUUGUUGCUUUCUUUAAUGUGUUACCUCAACUCAUGUGGGAUAUCUCAUUCCGCUUUGAGGGCGGGGAUUUUUUGUGUCGAUUUGUGAAAUACAUGCAACUAUUUGUGAUGUAUCUUACGAGUUACGUUUUAGUAAUGACAGCCAUAGACCGAUAUUUAGCCAUCUGUCACCCAUUGUCAACACAUACGUGGACCACAAGAACUGUUAACGUCAUGGUUCUUGGGGCUUAUCUCAUAUCCGGUAUUUUGAGUAUACCCCAAGCUGUACUGUUUAAAUAUCAGCGAGUAAGGGCCGACAGCGACGUUUAUGAUUGCUGGGUCCACUUUGACCCACCGUGGAUAUUACAACUUUACAUUACGAUGUUUACAUUCGCUGUUUACAUCAUACCGUUCUUUAUCUUAUUGUUCACAUACGGUUCAAUUUGUUACACAAUAUGGCGGAAACAUCGUUUUACUCAAAAUAACGUCACAAAACGAGAAGAAAAUGGAGUUAAAUGUAAGUUAGUUUAUGAAGUACAGAAUUAUAGCUCCUGCAACACAGCAACGCAUACUAAUGAGAAAGAUACUGCAAGGCGUUAUCGAAGACACAACGGAACUCCUCAUCCCCGAACUCAUUCAGUGAGAGGUUUCUCAAGGGCUAAGUUAAAGACAAUCAAACUAACAUUUGUUGUUAUUGCGGCUUAUCUUGUAUGUUGGUCACCGUUUUUUAUUUCGCAACUGUGGUGGCUAUUUGACGAGACUGCUACGAGUCAGUGUCUUACCCACUUAGCCACCGUGGCUCCGACUUUUUUC